AACAACAGAUGGCUGGGACUAUAAAUAAUCUUGCCAUAGAGGUUAAACCGCCGAUAUAUAAAAACCGAGAACAAACAGGUUCACUUUGGAUCUUUCUACAUCAAGUUUAUCUGUUUUAUUUCCUUGCAUCUUUUUUAUUUUUAUUUUACGUCUCUCUUCUCUAUUAUUCUUUUUACCCUGUUUGUGCACCUGCUUAUCUUUUUAUUGAUCCUCCACCAUGACCUUUGAGCAAAAACCUCUUUUCUUUGAAUCGUCGGCUUGGCUUGCCAAUUUGCCCUCGCUUGAUCCAAUUGUGCCUGAUUGCAUGUUUCAAGAUGAUUUAUCCACUCCAACGCUGUCGCAGCAACCUAGCUCGGAAGACAUUGUAUCCAAUUCGCUCUGUAUUGAUGAUACGUUUAUGUUUAAUCCCGAUGUCAAUCAUGUACCAUGCGUUCAAUCCAAUAUAAACCUUCCGUUGUCAUCAUUACCUCUAAUGGCCCCCAUUGCCGACAUGUCUUAUUAUCAUGCAUACACACCAUCCUGUGGCGAUUUGUCCCAGGCCGUGUCUCGUCUUCAAAUCGAUCACCCUCCAACUUAUGCUCCUGCUCCCAGCUUAAAUCUUGAAAACAUCCAACCUUGUAUUUCCGUGACUGAGCCGACCCCGAUCCAGCAAGAAAACUUUGCAUCGGAGUUGAUGUUCUUCGGCUCCUUCCUUUCCAACCAUGGACAACCUUUCGAUCAACCAUCCACUCAUUCUUGUCAUCAACCACAACAACAACAACAGCAGCAGCAGCAGCAGCAGCAACAACAGAUUCCCUAUUACCAGCUCUCGCCAGCAUAUGAUAUCCAAUCUUCAUUUCAAUCCCAGGAUCAGGCAUUGCAACUGCAACCCAAUACGGAACUCUGUGGUCCAGUGGAUUGGCUCAGCUGGACUCCCGCCGGAUCACCUACCCAGACUUCCGAUCUUUGGUUCGAAGCUCAUUCCGUCUAUACCCCAUCUCCCGAAUUGCAAUACUAUGACAGUCCCGAGAUGCCUUUAUUAAGCCCCGAGAUGGCGCAGCCAAAACAACGUCGUCCUCGCCGUGUCUCUGAACCUCCAAAGUAUACUGUGGCAUCGGAUGGACAAGUCCCGGCUGGUUAUACCACUAAAUCGGUGCGUCGCAGCAACAGUGACCGCCGCGCACGCAGCAAUUCGGGAACCCAUCAGUGUCAAUAUCCGGGCUGUGGAAAAUCAUUCACGCGUUCUUAUAACCUCACAUCACAUAUGCGUACUCACACUUCGGAUCGUCCCUUUGCUUGCUCAGAAUGUGGUCGUAAAUUCGCACGUCAACACGAUCGUAACCGACAUGAAAAACUUCACUGGGGGAUCAAGCCUCACCGAUGCACUAUCUGCAACAAGACCUUUGCUCGUAUGGACGCCCUCAACCGACAUCUCAAAGUCGAUAAUGGAUGCAGCAGUGCUGCCUCCAAAUAAGCUCCUAUGCCCCACUAUUUCUUUGUUUUUUCUAAUAUCCUUUCUUAUACAUAUCUAGUUGUUGUAUUCAUAUUAUGCUUUUUUUUUCUUCUUCCUUUGUUAUACCCUGCGUCGAUUCCGCCCCUCUUUCACUCCUUUCAUUUCUCUUCUGAUCUUUUGUUGUUGAUGUAAACUUAUUAUCUUAUGUAUAUAGAACCCUUUUUUUUCUUUUUUUUUUUUUUUUUGCUCGCAAAAAAAAAA